GCGCGUGUCUGCUGAACUGAACGCGUCCAUGGUCCCGUCAACACAGCCGCGCCCGCUCCUUCCGGUUGCUGCGUCAGAGCGUCAAAUUUAUUUAUUUGGCUUCGGAAGGCCAUCAAAUCUCUUGGAAUUACCUCUAAUACUUCCUUAUCAGGCAUUGGACGGUAGCUCAAUACCCGUGUGCCACCAUGACGGCCUCAACGCCAGCCACGCCCGCCGCGAACAAGGAGAAUGCCGUGCCCCGUAGCCGCUUCCCAACACCGCAGUCUGUCGACCGCCUACAUAGACCGUUCAAAUGCCCCGGUUCUGCCACACGCACCGUCGCGACCGACCGCCCGGCUCGGAAGCGGAGAAGGGUCGAUUACGGGGGUGCCGACGGGGAGGCAGAUGCUGACAAGCCCUACACCAAUGCGGACCGUCUUGCUCUCGCGAACCGAGAUGCCAACCGGUUUCCUGUGUUCCAAGCCAAGGAUAAGGAUAAGAUCUUUCGCAAGGCCUUUUCCGUUCCCUUUGUCAACAAGGACAAUGCCGCAUACAAUCCGAACCGCCCCCCUCCAACCUUGGGAUUGAGACAGGGUGCAGUCUUCAUCGCCAAGCCCCUGCACGAUCCAUGUGGCGAGUUUGCUAUUGUGCUCCACGACCCGACAGUCGACGACAGGCCCAAAGAGACGGCCAAGCUCGAAGAAAAACAACAGGAAGUCGAACCGGCAUCAAAGAUUGAUGCGCCGCUGAUGCACAAGAGUCUCGCCGAGAUUCUCGGGAUCAAGAAGAAGGUUGAGGGCGAGCAUCCAAGGGUCCCAGUUGUCAUCGACCCAAGGCUUGCCAAGGUGCUCCGACCCCAUCAGAUCGAGGGUGUCAAGUUCAUGUACCGAUGCGUGACGGGCAUGAUCGAUGAAAAGGCAAACGGGUGCAUCAUGGCGGACGAAAUGGGUCUCGGAAAGACGCUACAAUGUAUCACCCUUCUCUGGACCCUGCUGAAGCAGUCUCCCGAUGCCGGCAAGUCCACGAUCCAGAAGGCUAUCGUUGCCUGCCCUUCGAGUUUGGUGCGGAACUGGGCGAACGAGCUGGUCAAGUGGUUGGGGGCUGACGCCAUCACGCCUUUCGCUAUUGACGGCAAGGCGUCGAAGGAGGAACUCACCCGCCAGCUUCGCCAAUGGGCCAUUUCCACUGGUCGUUCCGUCACCCGCCCGGUCAUAAUCGUGUCAUACGAAACCCUUCGUCUUAAUGUCGAAGAGCUCAAGAAUACGCCCAUCGGCUUGAUGCUUUGUGACGAGGGCCAUCGUCUAAAAAACGGAGACAGCCAGACUUUCGGUGCCUUGAACAACCUGAAUGUCUCACGACGCGUCAUUCUGUCUGGUACCCCGAUCCAGAACGAUUUGUCCGAGUACUUCGCCCUCAUCAGCUUUGCAAAUCCGGAUCUUCUAGGGACCCGGUUGGAAUUUCGCAAGCGCUUUGAGCUUCCUAUUCUACGUGGACGUGACGCCGAUGCCUCCGAGGCCGAUCGAAAACGCGGCGACGAAUGCCUUGUUGAGCUACUCGCCAUUGUCAACAAGUUUAUCAUCCGCCGCACCAACGACAUCCUGUCCAAGUACCUUCCAGUCAAGUACGAGCACGUGGUGUUCUGCAAUCUGGCACCCUUUCAACUGGCGCUCUAUAACUACUUCAUCACCUCCCCCGAUAUCCAGGCACUCCUCCGAGGCAAGGGUUCCCAGCCGCUCAAGGCCAUCGGCAUGCUCAAAAAGCUCUGCAACCACCCCGACCUCUUGGACCUUGUGGCCGACCUCCCGGGUUGCGAGAAGUACUGGCCGGCCGACUACGUCCCUAAAGAAGCCCGCGGUCGCGACCGUGACAUCAAACCGUGGUACUCGGGCAAAAUGCAGGUCCUUGCCCGCAUGCUUGCCCGCAUCCGCGCCGACACCAACGACAAGAUUGUGCUCAUCAGCAAUUACACUUCUACCCUCGACCUGUUCGAGCGCCUCUGCCGAUCUAACAACUACGGCUGUUUGCGCCUCGAUGGCACAAUGAACGUCAACAAGCGCCAGAAGCUUGUGGACAAGUUCAAUGACCCGGACGGUCCCGAGUUCGUUUUUCUGCUCUCCUCAAAGGCGGGCGGCUGCGGCCUCAACUUGAUCGGCGCCAACCGUCUCGUCCUCUUCGACCCUGAUUGGAACCCGGCCGCCGACCAGCAGGCGCUCGCCCGUGUGUGGCGUGACGGCCAGAAGAAGGACUGCUUUGUCUAUCGCUUCAUCGCCACGGGCACGAUCGAGGAGAAGAUCUUCCAGCGGCAGAGCCACAAGCAGAGCCUGAGCUCCUGCGUCGUCGACUCGGCCGAGGACGUGGAACGCCAUUUCAGCUUGGACAGCCUGCGCGAGCUGUUCCAGUACCGGGCCGACACCAGGAGCGACACGCACGACACCUUCAAGUGCAAGCGCUGCCGCCCGGACGGCAAGCAGCACAUCAAGGCCCAGGCCAUGCUCUAUGGCGAUACCAGCACGUGGAAUCACUUUAUCAACGAGGGGCUCAAGGUGAUCCAGGACCAUUUGCUUAAGCAGGAGUGUGGGGCGGAGGAGGUCAGCGCCGUGUUUCAGUACAUUUCCCACUGAGCACUUAAUGUAGCGUUAUUGAUGCAAGUUGGCGUUUGGUGUGUUUUUGGGUGUAUUGUUGCUGUUGUGGGGUUUGCUUCGGGGAUUGAACGUUGUUGGUGUGCCGCUGCGGGAAAACGCAUUCGGGUUCCAGCCAAAAAUGAUAGAUGACAAGAUGAUCACAGCAAGCGAGUUUUGCGAAAUUGAG